AUAGCUUGCGUGGCACUGUAUCAUUUAGUUCCAGAAAUCACAGCAAAAACUGGGAUUUUUAACUUUUUUGAACUCGUUUCGUGAAUUUUGUGUUUAAGAUAAAGGUGAUAAUAGCACAUUCAAGUCCCAAGAAGCUGGAUUCAAUUGGCGUAUUGAGGUAAAUCCUCAUUGAAGAAGAAGAGGAGGGUUUUCCAGGUUUUUCCAGCUCCAAGAUGUUUUGCUGGAGGAUCGUAAUAUUUCUAGGUUUAAUUAGCUGUGUUCGUCUAGAAGAAGAAUGGAAAGGUCAAUGGUUUCCCAACGUGCCUGAACAAGUAGCCACCGAAGCUGGAGGAAUCCAAAAGGGCGCCGAAAGUGACCAUGCUGCGACCACCGGUGGUUCGAAGCGGGUGGUCAUGGGCAUCGAAAACCCGGAUUGCGAUGAUGCAAAGCACGGACUGGCGAUAGACUUUGAUCCGUACAACAUCACCCACUCGACGGUUUACAUGUGCCUUGAGCCGAAGGCAGAUUAUAAAGGAGAUUACAAUAUCGAUGCUGUAAUCACCGAGCACAUAGUACCAUCUGCUUACGUUGCCAAUCAUAAAUGUAUGAACCACAGCAUAGAAUACGCAGAAAGAAUCCCUGCCUACGGAACUCAUCGGCCGCUUUGGCCGCGAUACGGCGAGUAUCGAUACGUUCCUACACAACGAUGGCUCCACAACAGUGAACACGGUGCAGUUAUUGCUCUCUACCAUCCUUGUGCAAACAAGCAACAGGUCGACGAGAUGAAGCAAAUAGUGAAAGGGUGCCUCUACCGGCACAUCAUCACGCCGUCUCAACUGCCUACCCGAGAUCGACCGUUUGCACUGGUAACCUGGCAUGCGACGCUGGAAUUUUCCAUUCUGGUUCGCAGCACCGUGGAGUCGUUCAUCGAAAAGUAUGCCUUGAAAGGACCGGAACAAACGCAUCGUGACGGGCAGUACGAUCAUCUGCUACUAGAUCCCGCGAAGGUGGUCUCAACCGUGGACGAUAGUAUCCUGUGUCCCAAGAAGCGGCGUGACUAAUUCCAGAGGACGGCUGCCGUCUUCCGCUUGCCAUUUUAUGCUUCUUUGCGAGGAGGAAUUACUUGUACAACAAUCUACAUCGAUGUGAUAACUUUUAUUCGAAAAUAAUGGUGCAUAAUACACGAUACCGAUCUGAGGGGCCUAAUGCACGGGGCAUGAA